AUGGCCUUGGAUAAGCCAGAGAUCAUGGACUUUGUCACUCGGUAUCAGAACUUGCAGGGUUAUCAGAACGCCAGCGACCAGUUGAUGAAGGACCUUUUGAUAUACUGCAAAGAAAUUCAGGGCCAAUAUGCCGAUGAAAAUCAGAUACUCAAGCAGGAGCUGCGCAAUGCAAAGCUCGACCUCGAGCAUGCUACCACUUCCAGAAGAGAGAUGCAGCAGGUGCUGCAAGAGCUUGAUUAUGAUAACAGCUACAUGAAGAAUCGCAAUCCCUACGUCUUGAUUCUAAUUGAUGGAGAUGGACUUCUUUUCCAAGAAUCGUUUAUCAGACAAGGUAUCGAGGGCGGCAAGCAAGCCGCCUACGCCCUCCGAACUGCCGUUGCCGAGUAUGUUGGCAGCCAGUCUGGUGAGGUUGAAAUCGUCGCCAAAGUCUGCGCCAAUCUAUCCGGUCUUGGACGUGCUAUGCGCAGAGAUGGCUGCCUCGAUAGCGAGUCCGAGCUCAGGGAGUUUUCUCUGGGUUUCACACAGGCCAAAGCUUCGUUUGAUUUCAUCGACGUUGGUCACGGUAAGGAACGUGCCGACUCGAAGAUCAAAGAGGCCACCCGCUGGCACUUGCGAAACUACAACUGCAGACAGAUUUUGCUAGGCAUUUCCCACGAUGCUGGUUAUGCCCCUUUCCUCGAUGAAAUCCUUCAAGAUACAGAUACUCGCUCAAGAGUCAGUCUAAUUGAGGGCGUCGCUACGGUCAGAGAGCUAAAAAACACCAACGUUCAUAUCCUCGACCCGCUACCCAGCCUUUUCCGAAACCAAAAGCUCAUUGAUAGAAGCGGCGACCGCGCUGCUGAACGUGCCGAGGCAUACGCCAGAUUUUCGGCGCAGGCACCAGCGUCGGGACCUUUCUUUUCGGCUCCAUCUAGAGCGUCAACAUCUUCGCCUGUGAUGGUGGCUUCGCCAACCUCACCCCCUGCUACAUUGGCGACGACAGCCUCUUCUUCCUGGGCCGGGGUCACCGCUAAGGCUAGCCCGCCGCCUGUCAUCACCACCCCGUUGGCUAAAAUAUCCGUCAAUGUUCCAGCUCGAAAGGCUCCGGAGCCAAAAGUGGCAACACCGGCAUGGAACCCUGGCGAACGUGGCUUGGAUCCCCCCAUCCCCAUCAACGCAACAGCCAUGGACAACAUUAAGAAACGAACAGGCAAGGACAAGCUGUGCAACAACCAUUACCUGCGCGGUCCUUGUGCCAAGGGCGAUGAGUGCUGCUUCGAACACAAAUACAAGCCCAACCCGGAUGAAAUUAACGCCAUUGCCCAUUUGACUCGUCUCAACCCCUGCACCAGCGGUCAGGAGUGUGACGUGGAAAACUGCAUUUACGGACAUCAUUGUCCUAGCGUGACUGGAACCACCUGCACCCACCCGUAUUGCAAGUUCAGAGUUGAGGAUCAUCCACCUGGCACAAAGUUCAAGAAUGCCAAGAUUUACGAAAACUGA